UGUGACUUGUUAUCAAGUGUUGCAUAACCUAUAUAAACUGCAACGCUAAUAAAGCCAUUUGAAUUGCAUUAUUAUUGUAAUCAUUAAUAUUAACAACGUGUACUAGAUAUCCAGUGUGUCUACAACACGCGGAAUGUUUUCCCCAUGAAGAUAUUGUAAUGUAAAUAAAUAUAAGUUACUUUCACCACCAAUCACGCCACAAUAGCAAAGAAAGUAAGGAAAAGCACCAGUAGGGGGCAAUCACACACUUCCGCUGCUGCUCCGAGCCUCAAGAGGACAAGAGGAGGAAGAAGAAGGAAGCGGUAGGUACAAACCGAAAACAAAACAGCGAAAUGUUCGGGAAAAUUAAACCUGUGAAAAUUAGGAGUUACAGUGAAAACAGGAAAUACGGAAUUGCCGCAAAAGAUGUGAAGGAACUACUGAAGAAGGCCUGCAAUUUGCUACUGGUGCCACUCUCUGGUGCACGUGUUUGCUUGUAUGAGGACGGGACAAUAGUGACAGAGGAGUUCUUCCCAACUUUGGCGGAUAACACUGAAUUGGUUCUUAUAUCUAAAGGGCAGACCUGGAGUGGAGUUGUGUGUGACAUCAGUCAGCUACUCAACACAGACCGGCAUGCCGACAGCCUCAUUGAAGCAGCGAAGGGGCUCCUCUCUGAUGAGAAGUCUUCAAAGAGGCGUAAAAUCCUGACAGACCUGCUACAGAACCUGGAGGAUAGGUCGGAGCUGGAGAGCAGAGAGGAGGACGAAGACUGGUUCCAAGGUGUUGAUUCUCGAUUUAAAACAAAGUCUGCCUACAUGAAGUACAACUGUGAAAGCAGGAUACGCGGCUACUUGAAAGAGCUGGAUGAUGCCACCAAAUCCAUACAGAAAGCAAAAGUGAGGGCAGAGUUUUUGAAAACCUCCCAGAGCCUCGCAGAAAUGCUGAAAACAGCCAAGUAUAAUGGCUGCUACUUUGACAGGACUGAAAAGCAACCAGAUCGCCUUUGUACUCAGGAGGGAUGGUUCACCUGCCAGGGAUCAUUUGAUGAGAAAGUGUGCAAAUCUCUUCACUCUAUCAACCCCUAUGGAAGCCGCGAGGGCAGGAUUGUCUUCAGCACUUGGAAUUUGGACCACAGGAUUGAAAAGAAGAGGACAGUUAUUCCCGCUCUGCUGGAAGCUCUGCAGAAUCACAGGAGCACUGACAUCAACCUGAACUACUUCUACCAACUCCUGUUCACGAGGGAAAACCUGAAGCUGGUCCACAUCGUCUGCCACAAAAAAGGAGCUCACAACCUGCAGUGUGACACCAAGAAGAUCUAUAAUAAUGCCACCAAGGAUCUAAAAGCAAAACAGAAGCCCAAAGUAAAGAAACGGCGCAUGACUUGAAGUGCUGUGACAAAUGAGUGGACUGUGAUUUGUUUGAUGAACUUGGCAAAUAAUUAACUCUGAAAAGAACCCAUCACAUCAACUGGAAAGGUAAAUUUGCCUUUGCAAUCUCCUCUACGUAGUCGUGACAUCAGCUUCUGAGCUCCAAACCCACCAUGCUGAGCUUUAAUUUCAUAUUGGAAAUGAUCGACCACACUUAAGAAACCAUGAAAUUCAUUUAUUUGUUCACUGUAUUGGCACUGUGAUGUAAAGUACACAAAUUAAGUACAAAGAUGAUAACGAAUCAUGCAUUUACUGAGAAUGCUGCAUAGAAUGUGAAAAGCAAAUUGACAUAAAUAAGGCAGUAAAUAUAUAAAAUAUUUGGACGGUUUAGAACAGUCAUGUAAAAAAUACAGGCGACAACAUCUAGUGCAAUUACUGUUAACCUCUUGGUUAGAUUACAUUUUCACUCAGGUUUAAAUUAUCCAGUCUUUCAGACUGCAGUCUUGUAUGAGGAACCUUUGUUUUUGUUUUUUUAAACAACACUCUUACAAAUUUUAGAAGAACCCUCUCAGGGAAAAUUAAUUCAUUACAUUGAUUAUGUAUUGAUACAGAUGUUAUAUAUUUCAAAGCUGCCAGAAACGUGAGCACACACACACACGAGUUGAGGAUGAAGAGACACUUGGUGAAUGACUUUUAUGCAGAAAACUGUUGAAGAUGUUCAGCUUAAGCAAUGAAUUUGUGCUAUUAAAGCUCUCAGUACAGAU